AUGGAGCCUAAGGUUGAUGAAGAAGCUGGAAACAAUGGUGCCAAAGAAGUCAAAGUUGCACUCUUGAAGGAACAAGACUUUCCUGAAAUAGAAAGGAACACUUGGAUACACAAGGCAAUAGGUCAGACGUUUCAAACCACAGCUCAUCUAGCUAACCUCUUACCUACAGGGACACUCCUCGCGUACCAGGUCUUGUCCCCGAUUUUCACAAACGGCGGACGCUGCGAUCUAGCUAGCAGAUUCAUGACGGAGUUGCUAGUUUCCAUCUGCGGAUUGUCUUGUUUCAUACUUAGCUUCACUGACUCUUACAAGGACUUGAACGGAAACGUCUGCUAUGGAAUCGCCACAACCAAUGGCUUAUGGAUAAUCGAUGGCAAAGCUGUUCUUCCUAAAGAACGUUCCCAAAGCUACAAACUCCGGUUUAUAGACUUCACGCAUGCCAUCAUGUCGGUUCUGGUGUUUGGAGCCGUGGUUAUGUUUGAUCACAAUGUGGUCAGCAGCAGCAGAGCUUCUCUCAGCCUUGCCCGUAGCCGUAGGAGUCUUUUGCAGUUUGAUGUUCGCUACAUUUCCUACUACACGCCAUGGUAUCGGAUUCCCUCUCUCUGCUCAUUGCUAAACGAUGUUCUGACUCAAAAUGUAAAACUUUCAUAA